AUGAGGGCUAAAAAGCAGAGACAGCCUUUACAAAGAGCGACUGUGAUCAAAACGGCUCAAGUUAAGCUAAAAGAUUCACUUGGGUCCUUGGAUAGAGAUAUCCUUAUUAAAAUACAGAAAUACCUAAGUCGAGCUCGCCAUAGGACGGAUCUAGUAGCUAACAGUGAUUAUAGAAGUAAAGCUCAAUAUAGAGGAAUAAACAAGAUGGAAAUAAUCAACGUUAAGAACUAUACUAGACGUGUGAUUAAGAAGGUAUUUGUGCACAAGUUGGCAAAGGCUAUAUAUAUUAUAGUAAAAAAUAUGGUCACAGCGGUAAUAGCGUUCGAAAUAGUGUAUAAUAAGAUCCUGGACUGGGCAUGCUUCUAUAAGGGCGAUUCAGCCACGUUCAGCUACCGCGUCGGAGUUGCUGAUAGGCUCGUCUCCAUGGCCAACUGUAAGAAGAAAAUCGAACUCGAGGCGGCAAGAAAGAAAAAGUUAGAUAUAAUAGACGCCAAGGAAUGGAAAGCGGGCAUGGAACGCGAGCGUAAAUUUCAGAGGCUCCAUAAAGGACCUUCACUGGUGUUAGACAUUGGUGAAUCAGAUGGCCAGUUAGAGGAUGAAAUGCCUAGCUUCUUGGACAUAGACAGUAUGUCCGACGAGUCUUAUGGCUUUCCAGAGUCGAUAGACAAUCUUAAUCUUAAUACUAGAGGAGCACUGGCCGACUUUAAUAAGAAUAAUAAGAAUAUGGUCGAUUUUACGCGCAGCGUGGAAGACAACGUUGACAAAAUUAUCAAGCGGGAGUCGCGCGAAACCCAUGAUUUUAACAGCAUCCCUUCCCUUUCGGUGAAGCAGAACCCUUCAGAUAACGAUUCCUUGUCUAUAUUCGAAAUGCAGCUAGUACGUUUUCGCGCCACAUCGAUACAGGUUGCAGACGAAUACCUCAAGAAGCACAAUAUCAAGCUGUGUAUGGGAAAGAUAUGCACAGUGAAAGAUAGUGAAAAGAUUGACUUCCGUCGGCGCAGGUUGGAAUAA